AUGCACGGCGUGCAGAAGACUGCAGACACCCCCAAGCAUCUGGACCCCGAAAACGAGGUCCAGAGACGCGGGGGCCGAGCUGGCAGCGAAGUCGAAGACCCGCACGAGGCUGAGGCGGACGAAGCAGAGCACAGCCCGGAGGCAGACGAGGCUGAGGCGGACGAAGCAGAGCACGGCCCGGAGGCAGACGAGGCAGACGGAGACGAAGCAGAGCACGGCCCGGAGGCAGACGAGGCAGACGGAGACGAAGCAGAGCACAGCCCGGAGGCAGACGAGGCUGAGGCGGACGAAGCAGAGCACGGCCCGGAGGCAGAAGAGGCUGAGGCGGACGAAGCAGAGCACAGCCCGGAGGCAGACGAGGCAGACGGAGACGAAGCAGAGCACGGCCCGGAGGCAGACGAGGCUGAGGCGGACGAAGCAGAGCACGGCCCGGAGGCAGACGAGGCAGACGGAGACGAAGCAGAGCACGGCCCGGAGGCAGACGAGGCAGACGCAGACGAAGCAGAGCACGGCCCGGAGGCAGACGAGGCUGAGGCGGACGAAGCAGAGCACGGCCCGGAGGCAGACGAGGCUGAGGCGGACGAAGCAGAGCACGGCCCGGAGGCAGACGAGGCAGACGGAGACGAAGGAGGCGCGGCCGGCGGCUGCGAGGCUAGUGCAGCUGCGCACGGAGAAGACGCCAAGAGCAGAGAUGCCGCGGGAGGAGACUGGCGCCCGUGA